AAUAAAGAGGAGAAAUAGUACCAGUAAUUUCUAUUCUUAGCUGCUACGUUCUUCUCCUCCACCAUGCCUGAACCAGCUAAGUCGGCGCCGGCUCCUAAGAAGGGCUCUAAGAAGGCGGUUACAAAAGCCCAAAAGAAGGACGGCAAGAAGCGCAAGCGCAGCCGCAAGGAGAGCUACUCCGUGUACGUGUACAAGGUGCUGAAGCAGGUCCACCCCGACACCGGCAUCUCGUCCAAGGCCAUGGGCAUCAUGAACUCCUUCGUUAAUGACAUCUUCGAGCGCAUCGCGAGCGAGGCGUCUCGCCUGGCGCAUUACAACAAGCGCUCGACGAUCUCGUCCAGAGAGAUCCAGACCGCCGUGCGCCUGCUGCUGCCGGGAGAGCUGGCCAAGCACGCCGUCUCCGAGGGCACCAAGGCCGUCACCAAGUACACCAGCUCCAAGUAAACGUGCUAAGAAAAAAUUAUUGCUGUACCCCAUCCUAUCUGAGUUUACUGUCUUCGACCAAUCAGCUUAUUACGAUUCCACCAGUGAAAAGGGAACCUGACCAGGAAUUUGUGGAA